GCCGUUUCGUUUCAUCGCACAGCAAAACGCCGCAAACCGCUCCUGGCCUUACCCUUCUCACACUUUUGCAUCUCUCGAACAGCGCAGCUCGGAAAUGGCAACUUGUACUCUUACAAUGUCUCCUAGCUCCCCGUUUGUUGGCAGCAUGAGCCUGGACAACCUGGUCAACCGAACAACUCAGCGAGCCUCAGCACCAGCACCAGCACCCUCAUCAUUCUCUCGGGCCCGGGCACACUCACCGCAGACAGCGGUGCCAGAGGACUGGUCCGAGCCGUCCCCUUCCACAUCAUCAACACUGCACCCGCCAGCACCAUCACCACGGCGCCGGCGCUCCUCUGUCCGCUCUAAUGCGUCACACAAGUCGAGUAACUCGACCUCGCACACGUCGCGCCGGUCGUCCUCGGCCAUUUCCCCCAAGACCGUCCCCCGCUCGCGGCCAGAAGACAUGGAGGAGUACCUUCCCCUCAACCCGGACCUGCGCGACCCCACCGUGCGCGCACUGCAGGAGACGCUCGCGAAAUCCCCUGGGUCCGCGGAAGCCCGCCACACACUCACGCAAAUCAAGUACCUCAUCGACGCGAAGCGGCGGUCAGCCCUCGCGAAAGAAGAGCAGCGCCACGUUCAGGCCCUCGAAGACGUAACAGUCACCGAGGAGCAUGUAUUCCGGUGCGAAGUCGAGGCGGGGCGCGCGGCCGCGCAGCAGAUGUACGAGAUCAAGCUCGCUGCUCGGCUGCAGGUCGAGGAACUCCGCUUCAAGGCGCGUCUGGCGCGCACCCAUGUCUCGGGGUUGUUCAGGUACAAGACGGAGCGGGAGACGCACGCGCACACGCCCGACACGGGCGAGGUGCCUGCGGCCGACACGGACACGGACGCGCGGCACACGGACGAGCGGUUCCAGGUGAUCCUGGGCGCGUUCAACGAGGUGCAGCACCGGCAGCACGAGGAGCGCAUGGCGACGAUCCGCAGUCUUGCGUCCCGCGCAUACCGCGACAUGACGGACAACGAUUUGGUGCUGCAGCAAAAGGAGCACGAGGCGAACGUGGCGCUCGCGCGCGACAUCGAGGUCAUCGAGCACGAGCGCAUGGUCGCCGAAGUCAACGCCAUGUACGACGCCCUCGCGGACAAGUGGAAGAAGUUUGAGCCGCGAUACCCGACCGAAAGCCUCGCGCCGCCCACGCACAGCAGGCGCGGGAGCGGCAUGAGCUGGGCGUCGGGGUCAGGCUCGGCGCGCUCAGUAAAAUCGCCCCGCUCGGCGCCGAGGGGGUCGCCCCCGCCCCCGCCGCCUCGCCGCAUCGCUUCACCGCAGCGCCACAUCGCGUCGCCAACGCGGUCGGGGUACGCCGCGUCGCCUCCCCGCUCAGCAUACGCAUCGCCCCCGCGCCUGGGCUCCCCUCCCCGCUCGCCGAUCGCGCCUGUGGCGCCAGCAAUCUCCCCACCGCCACGCUCGGCGGCCCACUCGCCGACCGGCUCGAGCAGCGACGAGCGCAAGCGGAAGCGCGAGGCGGGGUGGGGCGCUAGCUGGCCCGACGCCUAA